AUGGACGCCAAACCUUUUCGACCGCGCGGCGCUGAAAAUGCACCUCAUCUUCACCAUCAGCAUAAGUCAACCGGAAAUUUGGCCAACAUGGCCAAGUCCACUACAACAGCUGGCUUCCGUGGCCCUGCGAAGCGCGCAGCGUUUGGCGAUGUGACCAAUGUCAGCAAGCAAGGCGGACACCUUCGUGAUGAAGGCAAAUCAAUCAAAGUCUACGCUACGAAUGGUGUCAACCAUGGCCCUACAGGUGUGCCUUUGAACAAGGAGAACGGUGCUUAUGGCAAGGAUACCUUUACUCGUCCCGCGCAAAGACCCGUCAACCAAUCGUCGACACGAACCGCCCUUGAGAACAAGAAUUUCGACGCGAACAAGAAGACGUAUGUGAGGAAGGAUAGCCACGUCGUCACCAAAGCUCCUGCUCCUUCCUCGACCCAAAAUGCACCUUCCCUUCAACCAAGACACCACAAGAGCCAACCUCAGCUUAAACCUCAGCAGCAACAGUUCAGUCUGCGACGUACCCAGAGCAAGCAGCUAGACAAGGUCGUUCCCAAGCCUGAUGCCGAUAUGGGCUGCAAGGUCACGAAUCCUGCAGCGCACCAGCUGCAGGAGACCGAGUACCCCUAUGACCAAGCUGCUUAUCUUGACUCUAUGUAUCUACCUAUCGAGGCUGGUGUCGGUCUCGACACGCUCCAAAAGGAAGAGCACGAAGAACCACCUGCUAAGCUCCCCGAGAUCUCUGAGGAAGUUGCCGUUCUUCCCUGUUACGAAGAAGGCCCUGUUCCUGCGAUGUCGGAGCCUGAAGAAUGCUGGGAGGAGGAAGACGACGAGGAUUUCGAUGACCAGGACCAAGCAUAUAUGACGGCGCACUCGGUUCGUUCCAGAGAUAUGACUGCCGGUGGUGCUACAGAGAUUGUGCCCCUACCACGCGUAACAGCUCGUGUCCAGCGCGAACUUGAAGACGCCCGCGAAGAGGUGGAGCGAACGCGCACAGACGACGAGAUCGAGGAAGAGUUAUGGGAUGUCAGCAUGGUCGCCGAGUAUGGUGACGAAAUCUUUGAGUAUAUGCGUGAACUUGAGAUCAAGAUGCUUCCUAAUGCUCACUACAUGGACAACCAGACCGAGAUUCAAUGGUCAAUGCGAGCUGUUCUCAUGGAUUGGCUGGUGCAGGUCCACAACCGGUUUGGCCUCUUGCCCGAAACACUCUUUUUGACAGUCAACUACAUCGACCGUUUCCUUUCUCAGAAGAUUGUGUCGAUUGGCAAGCUCCAGCUUGUUGGGGCAACCGCGAUCUUGGUGGCGUCCAAAUACGAAGAGAUUAACUGUCCUUCUUUAGGAGAGAUCGUCUACAUGGUUGACAACGGGUACACUGCAGAGGAGGUUCUCAAGGCCGAGCGCUUUAUGCUUAGUAUGCUGAGCUUCGAGCUUGGAUGGCCCGGCCCUAUGAGCUUUCUGCGACGCGUCAGCAAGGCUGACGACUACGACUUGGAAACUCGCACUCUCGCCAAGUAUUUCCUCGAGUUGACCAUUAUGGACGAGCGAUUUGUGGCCUCGCCUCCGAGCUUUCUUGCUGCAGGCGCGCAUUGCCUUUCACGACUCAUUCUCAAGAAGGGUGACUGGACUAAGCAACAUGUCUACUACUCGGGUUAUACCUGGAGUCAGUUGAGAAGCUUGGUUACGAUGAUGAUUGAAUGCUGUGACCGUCCUCAUCUACAUCAUGCCGCAGUAUUCGACAAGUACACAGACCGUCGGUACAAGGAAGCAUCUUUGCUGGUGCAAGCAGCGCUCGAUGCUGGAUUCACUCUUCCUAACCAGAUGGCUCCAGUUCGUCAAGAACUUGACGCGUAUCGUGAAGACAGUGCCGAGGUGCCAAUUGCGCAGCCUCAACUAAUUCCUAUCGAGGGUUGA